AUGGCGCGUGAAGCCUCAUCCUCGCUACAGUCUAGGAUGAAUUCAUCCCUGUCUUCUGACUUGGAUGAGGUUGUGUUUGCACAGCACAACAGCGUGGCAAAAGAGCAUGCUCUUCUUGCGCAGUACCAUCAGCUCCUGCUCUUCUCCAAUGCUUCCUUGCAGAGGACGAACUUGCUUGAGCGAUGGGUCAGUCCUGCACAACUUGUGGAGCUGUGGGACCAACUGGUGGACGAAGCAGAGGAUUUUGGAGCAGAGCGGCUGGAGAAACUCAUCGCACAAUGCCAGAAAUAUGAGUCUGAAGCCAAGGAAGUAGCUCGCAAGGAGCAUGCGGCCCUGCUCGAACUACAGCGCGAGAGCCGCAUGCUGUGCGCAGAACGUGAUGCCAUCCUGUGCCAAGUCGCGCACAUUCAAGUGCAGGCGGAGGCUCUAGAGGAGCUGAAGGAAAGAAGUUUUGCUGUGCUCUCUCCUGACAAGACCCACGAAGGAGAGAGUUGCUCGCGCUCGUCCGCUCCUGCGACUAGCUGGCAAGACGAAGUCGGGGAAGCAUCUGUGGAGGAGGAGAGGAAGCGGGAGAGAAAGGAGGACGAGGUCGAGGACGAGGAGGACGAGGAUAAUUUCAAGAUGGACUUCGAGGGAAACUUGGAUCCCCUUGCUAUGAUCCAGCAGCUUGCGCUCUCGCAGCAAAGGGAGGAAGAGAUGAAGGGAGCCACACACAAGCAGGCAGAGCAGGGGAGAGGAGGAGCUGGGGGAGCUGGAUCUGGAGCUGGCAUUCGUGUUCGACCAUCGCGUCCUCCUCUCCCAGAAGAAUUGUUUCGACCAGUUCGGACUUCGAGACAAGAAGCAGGAGCAGGAGCAGGAGCAGGAGCAGGAGCAGGAGCAGGAGCAGGAGCAGGAGCAGGAGCAGGAGCAGGAGCAGGAGCAGGAGCAGGAACGAUGGCGGCAGCGGCAGUGGCGGCGGCGGCGGCGGCGGCGGCGGCGGCGGCGGCAGCAGCAGCAGCAGCAGGUGAAGGAGAGGCGCUUACGAAGAAGCAUUCCUGGGCAUCCAGCGAGUCUUCCAGCUCGGACUCGUCGACCAAAAUUCAAGCUGGGGAGCAAUCAGAUCAGACGUCAGACGCCUCCGCCGGCACAGGGGCGGCUCGCGCAGUGGGAGGAGGAGGAGGAGGAGGAAGAGAAGGGGACGGAGUACAAGGCACGGAGCACUUGCGGCGAGGAGGAGGAGGCAACAGAGAGGGGGAGGGGAUCCGAGGGGAGGAGGAUGGAGGAAAGAAAGCAGAAAUGAGCAAGGGAAUCGUCCCACAGCCCGUCGGGGACCUCGUGGAGCUUCUUUCCUCGAGCAUGGAGGGAACAGUCAAGCAGGCUGCUAUUGCGCUGGACAAGGCGCUCAAGACGCAAGAAGGGAGGGCCGCACUCCUUCGGCACCCGCAGGGAGUGACUCGUUUGCUUCACCUCCUCUCCCACGAGGACGCUUCCAUCCUCCGAUACGGUGUUCGGGCUCUCGCGGCUCUGUCGCUGGAUUCGCAGGGACGGAAGUUCAUGAUCCCCGACCUGCAGAGCCUCCGCAACAUGGCGAGCCUGCUUCGGAGCAACGAGCAGGAGAUCGUACAGUGCAUGUCGCUCAUCCUCGGCAAUCUCGUCCUGGACAAGAGCGGCAGGUCCCGCGUGCUUGAUAGGCGAGUCCAACUGAGGUGGGAAGCUUGA